AUGGCUUCACUUAAUUAUUCGGUCUACAAGGAAGUCGAGGACCAGUCCCACGACCUCUAUUAUUCUCAAGCUGUUAUAGUCGGAAACAUUGUCAAGACUUCGGGCCAAGGUGGUUGGGAUUCCACCGGCAACAUUCCGACCGACGUCGAGAAGCAAGUUGAACUGGCCUUCGAAAACGUUUCCAAGGCCUUACGCGCCGCAAACUCUGGUCUGUCAUGGGACAACGUCUACGCGGUUCGUACUCUGCACACCGAUAUCGAAAAGUCUGCCGACUUCGUGAUUGCCGGAUUCAAGAAGCACAUGCCCAAGCACCGGCCCAUCUGGACGUGUGUCCAGAUCGAGAAAUUGGGGGUGGAGGGAAUGCAAGUUGAGAUUGAAGUGGAAGCCAUUCUGUGA